AUGGACACAGCUAAUAAGGAAAAUAAAGAAAAUGUUAGUGCAUCAAACUUGGUGAAUCCUGUUGCACUACGACCAGUCGCGUUUCAUGUAUUUACCAGAAAAUAUGAUUUAAACAUUAAUCGGGAUUCCUUGCAAGAAUUAGCUGCGUAUGUAUCGAAAAGAUGUGGCUUGCAAUGGCGAAGCCAGUGUGAACCACUCUUAGAUGAAAUUGCCAAGACUUGGAAGCGAACGCAUGACUCGGAACCAAUUGUGACAAAACCUCUCUUAUCCUCCUUGUUAACCAAUUUGACCGUUCCUCAUGAAGCACGUACAUCUUCGUUUUCUCGGGCGCCAACGCUCGACUCAACUAAUUCACUCUUACGUUCUAGCAGUACUCAAGUUCGAGAUACUCUUCGCGAAGACGAUUAUUUCCGAGUCAUUGAUGCCUUUCAGCUUCCGAAGAGAAUAUAUGACUCGAGCCGAAAAAUCUUCGUUCCGUCGAAAACUAGUCCAAGCCUGCUGGCUCCAGCUUCUGCUUCUGUGGAUAUGCUUCACCGUAGGUUUCACGUAGUAUAUAGUCGAAUUCUCAGAAACGAAAAUUUCCAAAACCCAUCUUUUAGUGGAUCAUUUUCCCAAACAAAAUCGCAUCAAAUUACGCCAAUUAGAAAUCUUUUAGGAAGAUCUGGUGGUGAGUUUUUGCUUUUCGGACUUUUGUCGCUAGCACCUGAUGGAAAACUUUGGUUAGAGGAUUUGGACAGUCAAGUACAACUUGAUAUAUCGAAAGCUACCUUUGGGUUUGGUCAUUUUUGCGCCGGUUGCUUAGUUUUGGUUAACGGGCAGUUUAUGGACUCUGGUGUUUUCUUGGUUACGGAAGUCGGCCAUCCACCUAUAGAAAGGAGGGAAACCUCUUUAAAAGCUCUCUCUCAAGUAGAUUCCUUUGGAUCCCAACUAGACGCUAAUCAAGUCGCUUUACUCCGUCAUGCUGAACAAGCUUAUAAAGCGCCUUUUGUUUUCCUCAGCGAAGUCCAUCUCGAUGAUACACGAUGUCUACAGGCAUUAGAAAAAGUAUUUCAAAAAUACGAAUACAUCGAACUGCUACCUGCUUGUAUCAUUUUGUGCGGAAGUUUUACAUCCACAGCAUUUCACAACUCGGGUAGUUCCUUAGAUUAUAAAGAGGGAUUCAAUAAACUAGCUCUUAUUUUUGCUAAAUUCCCGAAGAUUUCAAGAGAUUGCAAAGUUAUAUUCGUUCCUGGUCCUAAUGAUCCUUGGACUACUUACGGUCUUUCGUUGAUGCCAAAGCGUGCAAUUCCUCUUCAUUUUGUUAAUCGUGUCCAAAGGAUAUGCAAAAAUGCUAUAUUUACUUCUAAUCCUUGUAGAAUAUCUUUCUUUUCCCAGGAGAUUGUAAUCUAUCGUGAUGACAUUACCGGAAGAUUCCAAAGACAUGGCUUAAAAGCUUCUCAAAACGCUAAAUCUGACACGCUUCCUCUUGAGGAGCAACAGUUGUAUCAAAACAGAAAGCUCGUGAAGACUAUCCUAGAUCAGUCGCAUUUGUCUCCAUUCCACCCUAGAACAAGGCCUGUGCUUUGGGACUUCGAUUAUUCCUUGAGUACUUUUCCUUUACCUAAUUGUUUGGCAAUUGUGGAUUCCCAAGUUCCAUCUUUCAAUGUUCACUAUGGCGGUUGUCUAACACUGAAUCCGGGACCAUUGAUACUUGGUCUGCAUUACAAUUGGCAAGAACUCCAUCCAGUUACCAAACAAGUUAUCUCGUAUCAAGAGCGUCUUUAA